AUGUCUAGCUCAGAUUUUCAUCCGAUCAACACUGACAGGGCGCAGAGCCCUGAUGCACCAAACGAAUGUGAAGAGUCAGACAGUCUCGACAAGCUGCGUUGGUGGCAGAAAGCAACCAUUUAUCAGGUGUUGAUUCAGAGCUUUCAAGACACCGAUGGCGAUGGCAAAGGGGACAUUCGCGGAGUAGUUGAACGCCUCGACUAUUUCGUCGCGCUCGGUAUUGAUGUUGUCUGGGUUUCGCCUAUUUAUGAAUCGCCAAUGCGGGACAUGGGGUAUGACAUUAGUGAUUAUCGAAAGGUUAAUCCAAUCUUUGGAACCAUGCAGGACAUGGAGCUUCUGAUACAGGAAACACAUCGAAGAGGACUCAGGUUGAUCCUGGACAUCGCUCUCAAUCACACUGCAACUGAGCACGAAUGGUUCCAAACCUCCCGAAGAGCUCGAAAAGAUCCCAGCCUAGGUAAGCGAGACUGGUAUUUUUGGAGCGAAGGGAAGCUCGAUGAGUUUGGCAACCGUAUACCUCCAAAUAACUGGGAGAGUACUUUUACCGGUUCGACUUGGGAGUACGACGAGGUGGCAGGCGAGUUCUGUGCGUACUUCCUCAUUCUUUUGUCUGAAUAUAUGGGGCUGACUGGAGAGCAAGACCUACACAUAUUUGGCAAGAAUCAACCCGACCUAAAUUGGGAUUGCGAGGAAGUGCGAAAAGAACUGUACAGUGUGUUGAGGUUCUGGUUAGACAAAGGAGUGGAUGGAUUCCGGCUCGACACGAUGAACUUAGUGUCCAAGACAUCAUCCUUCCCAGAUGCUCCGAUCUCGAAGGAAGGUUCAAUAUGGCAGCCCGCAAAUUACUUGUUUGCAAACGGUCCUCAUAUUCAUGAGUACUUGCAGGAAAUGCACCAGGAAGUGUUCUCCCAUUAUGACUGCAUGACCCUGGCAGAGAUGUCCUGCGGCGUCUCUCCUCCUGAAGCUGUUCGAUAUACGUCACGAUUCAAUCCUCGUCCUGAACUGGACCUGGUCAUUCAAUUCCAGCAUGUGGAGCUCGACUGUCACGAUGGCGACAAGUGGAUGCUGCGGGAAUGGGAACUCCCCGAAUUGAAACGAAUCAUCAACGAGUGGCAGGAAACGUUGAUCGAUAACGGUGGAUGGAAUACAGUCUGGAUGGAGAAUCACGAUCAGCCAAGAGGCGUCUCCAGGUUCACUACCAACAGUCCGCGAUUUCGGGCUCUCUGUGCCAAAUUGCUGGCUCUGUGGCAGUUCACGCUCCAGGGCACCAAUCUCAUUUUCCAGGGGCAGGAACUAGGGAUGAUCAACCCGGGACUCUUUUCAGAAGAAAUGAAUCAAGACAUCGAGACGGUCCAAUAUUGGAAAGCGGCUUGUGAAGAGGCAGGAACUGAAGCACCACACAAGCUCGAGUUGGCCAAAAAGGCCAUCAUACAGAAAGGUCGCGAUAACACUCGGAUACCCAUCCCAUGGACUGAGGAUGCCCAUGGGGGAUUCACAGCACCGACAGCCAAACCGUGGCUUCCUGCCUUUGAUCACGGCGCAGAAUGGUCCCACGCCAGCCAGAGACACAGUCCUGACUCAGUCUGGUCAUUCUAUCGCUCUCUGAUCACCAUGCGCAAGGCCAACCCGACUCUGGCAAGCACACCUUUCAAAGCUGACCACAUCCUCUGA